AUGGACAUCAAGACAAGAUUUCUCAUUCUUUCCGACACCCACGCUGAAAAAGGGUUAACUGCCCCUGAUGUAGCUGCAGAUGUAGCGAUACACUGCGGCGAUCUGACCGACGAGUCCAAGCUGAGCGAAUUCCGGACAUCACUGGAGCUUCUCAAAAGCAUUAAGGCCCCGAUUAAGCUGGUCAUUGCAGGGAACCACGACUUCACCCUCGACAUAGCCGCUUUCCAAAAGAAGGUUAACCAUGCCAUCUCCACGUUUUCCAUUGCGCCAGACCUGGUGCGGCAGGAGUACGGAUAUUUUGGCAAAGCACGGCAGCUGUUUGCCGAAGCAGCAUCGUCAAAUAUCAUCUUGCUGGACGAAGGCACCCAUCAUUUCAACCUCCAGAACGGCGCGAGGCUCACCGUAUACGCGAGCCCAUAUACGCCGUCACUCGAAGCUGACUGGGGGUUUCAGUACCGACGCGGUGACGAGCAUAACUUCGCUCUUGACGGUGCCGAUGUCGUCAUCACACACGGGCCCCCAAUGGGCGUUCUGGAUCUCACUGCCUCCAAGCAGCGCGGCGGCUGCGACCAGCUCUUCGCCGCCGUAGCACGGUCCCGUCCGCGUCUGCACUGCUUCGGCCACAUCCACAAAGGCUGGGGCUCCAAACUUAUCACCUGGCGCGGUGACAAGGCCAGCGAAUCGCCCUCGCACUUCUCCGACAUCGAUAACGGCGCUUCGACCGCGAUUGAGUCCCUGGCCACGCUCGGCCCGACAAAAUGGGACUCGACCCGGGAAGUACUCGAAAAAGAAGAGCGACUCAUGGCACUCAAACAACUUGGCUACCGCGCGACAUGCCACUACGGUUCGGACCCGCUUCAAGUUCAUCCCCUGACGCCGGGCCGGCAAACUCUAUUCGUCAACGCCGCCGUCCAGAGCCUGAGCGAGAGCAACGGGCCACACUUGCCCUGGGUUGUGGAGAUCGGACUCCCACCGGCCGACGCUUGA